AUGACCACGGCGCAUCGCGCGACGUGGACCACGGCGCGCGGACGCGAACACCAAGGCGGGGCGAGACUGUUCGGGGCGAGCGCGAAGCGGUCCAAGCUGGACGCCGCGGGAUUCUUGACGCUCAAGACGCGAGACGCGAUCGCGAACGAUUCCACCGCGGACGCGUUGUUGCGAGAUGAUCUGCGACGCGAGCUCGAGGAGCGCGAACGAGCGGCGAGAGGGACGAGUGAUCGCACGGGGGGGAUUGGAUCGGUCGGCGCGGCGACGGUGGAGACGCUGAAGCGAUUGGGGGAGGGAGAGGAGGCGGCGGACGCGGGGAGACGAUUCGCUCCGAGGGCGGAAGACGCGGACGACGACGGGAGCGAGAGCGAUUCCGAGAGUGAUUCCGAGAGUGAUUCCGACGACGACGACACGGCGGCGCUCCUGGCCGAACUCGAGCGAAUCAAGGCUGAACGCGCGGCGGAAGCGAGGGCUAAGGCGGCGGAGGAGGACGCGGCGGCGAUGGAUAAGAGAAAAGACGAGUUGGCCACCGGAAACCCGCUGCUCGACCUCGGCGCCUCGGGCGAUUUCCGCACCAAGCGUCGAUGGGACGACGACGUCGUCUUCAGGAACCAGGCCCGGGACGAGCCCAAGGUUGGUAAACGUUUCAUCAACGAUACCAUUCGAAGCGAUUUCCACAAGAGAUUUUUGAAUAAAUACAUCAAGUAG